AUGGUUGAAUAUAAUGUUAAUGGAAAAGUAGCGGUGAUUACUGGAGGUACUAGAGGAUUAGGACUUUACUGUGCGGAAGCAUUAGUAGCCAAUGGUGCUAAGACAGUUGUUAUUACAUCACGGAAAGCAAAGGCUUGUGAAGAAUCUAAGAAAUACUUAGAAGACGUUGCAAAAAAGUCCAAUGAAUCAUGUAAGAUAAUUGCCAUUCCAGCGGACAUCAGUGAUGAAAAACAAUGUAAGGAAUUUUUUGAAAAAGUUUCGAGUCAAGUCGACCAAGUAGAUAUUUUAAUAGCCAAUGCAGGGGCUAGUUGGGGAGAACCUUUGGAAUCACAUCCCGUAUCUGCUGUCAAAAAGGUCUUGGAUUUAAAUAUUGUGGCAGUUUUCCACACCAUUCAAUUAUUUACACCAUUAUUGGCCAAGUCUGGCACCAAGGAAGAUCCAUCGAGGAUUUUGAUUAUGUCGUCCGUCGUUUCGCUUGUUGCUUCUGAGCCCGUAGGCACCUACGGUUACUUGGCUUCGAAGGCAGGUGUUUCUCACUUAGGUAAGAACUUGGCCUUACAAUUGGCUUCUCUGAACAUUACUGUUAACAUGUUAGCCCCAGGAUUUUUUCCAACGAAAAUGUCCAAUGGCUUGUUAGAAGCUUCUGGUGGUUUGUUAGAAGAAAUCAAUCCAAUGAGACGAUUAGGAGUUAAAGAAGAUAUUCAAAAUGCUACAUUAUUCUUGUGUGCGAAACAGUCCAACUACAUUAACGGGAUCGUGUUACCAAUCGAUGGUGGUGCCCACUUAGCUGGAAUGCCAGCCAAGUUCUGA